AUGUUCUCCAAGAUCACAGAUAGAUUCCACAAAUCCAACGAUUCAAAAGCAAAAUUGUUGAACUUUAAAGAGGUCUAUGAACUCGAUAAAAAAUUGAAAAAAUAUUACUUUGCUGGAUUAUUCCAGAAAAAUCAGGCAACCGCCAGAUUCAUUUCAAAAUAUCAAAGGGCCAAAACCACAGAACCCAUACCAACAAGAAUGAUUGAUUUCUUGAAACAAACUUAUCAAGAAGAAGAAGAAUUACCAACCAACGAACACGAAUUAUUUGUGUCCAUUUCUAUGAGUGAAGAUUUAGAAAGUUGCAAUUCAGAUCCCGUCGACACAAAUACCGCUCAAUUAUCAAUUGUGGUACAAGAACCUAUUGCCACUACCAUUACUGAUAUUACUACUGCAACUACUGCUCCCUAUACUACAACUACCGCUGUUGCUUCUGCUACAACUUUUACCGCUGCUUCUACUGCUGCUUCUGCUACAACUAUUAUUACUAAUAUGCAUCCUGCUGCUGCUGUUCCAACUAACAACCAGUCAAUUUUGUAUACCGUUCAUGAGGAAGAUGAAGAAGAAGAAGAGGAAAGUGAAAUUCAUGCUAAACAAAAUAUCCCAAAACCCUUUGGAUCUGAAGUUCUUAUCAGCUGGUACGUGACCAAGACAAAUUGCCAAAGAUUAACAAUUAAUUGUUCCCAAAAAAGCAAGGCACUAUUGCGGUCCAUUUCACGAAAGAAUAUGCCAGAUAAAGAACGUUGUAACUCAUUGGGGGUUGAUGGAAAUCCUAUUUCACAGAAUUCAAACACGAAGUUUAGUAAACUUGAUUUCCCUACAGAUUCUUAUUCCAUUGCUAUAUUAAGGACUAUCAAAAUGGAGCAAAAAAGCUAUGGUUGGGAGUAUCCCGUUGAUUCAUACACUCAUUAUUUACUUGCUAACCAUCCUAGUUUAUCAUCUAAAAAUUUCCAAGAUUCACCCAAACCCACCAGAAGUCCCGUUCCAAUUAUUUCCCAUCACUCCAAAACUGCCAAUACUUUCAAACAAGAUGAAGAAUGCGAAAACAUAAAAUCCGACAAAGAGAACUGUUCCGGAAACCUCGAAGAAGCUGGGGGGUUGCAUCAUAUUGAUUUAGAGGAUUUGGAAGUCGGUUAUCAAAGUUAG